AUGGGUCACAAUUCGUCGAAAAUUUCCGAAACUGUGCAUCAUAAUGAAAUCAUCUUCCAACGCGCAAAAACAAUGCUAGGUAGUUCAAUUUCCCAUUCCCUCAUUCUCUGAUAAUUUGAAAAUUUCAGAUGUCUCAAACGUCGGAGCCGGUGAUUCUGUUCCACAAAAUCAACUACCAAGAUCUGUCUCCGAAUCAGUGUUGAACACAAGUACAACAAAACCAGAUCCAACGACAAAAUCAUAUCAACAAGCUCUUGAAUGGGGUAGAAAUGAGCAUUUUUUGAAGUUGGCGCAUACUUUCAACACCAAUAACUACUAG